AAUAGCGGUAGUGAGUGUUUUGUCGUCCGACCAACCUCUUGAUUAGCGUGCGAUCGGACAGGUGCGCAUGCGAUGAGACGUUUUGCGCUUUUGUCGCUAAUCUUCUUCCUCUGCGGAGCGGAUUCAUCACCGGUGAUUCGCGAGUUUUACAUAGCAGCCGUUGAAAUUGGAUGGGACUACGUUCAUCUGGACGUUGUUGAUACAGCGUCAGGCGAAAGGAUAAGGUCGAAGGAUGCGCCACAGAAAUAUAUUAAAGCUGUGUAUAGAGAAUACACCGAUGCCACUUACUCUGUCCCUAAAUCCAGGCCGUCAUGGGCAGGUAUUCAGGGUCCAGUGAUUCAUGCCCAGGCCAGUGACAGGGUGGUGAUCCACUUUAAGAACCUGGCAUCCCAACCUUACAGUAUCAGCCCAGUGGGGGUCACAUAUUGGAAGCAGUCAGAAGGUGCGGGGUACGAUGACUCCACGGCUGGCCAGGAGAAGCAGGAUGACGCUGUCCCUCCUGGAGGCUACUACCAGUACGUGUGGGACAUCAGUCCCCGAGACGGGCCGACCAGCAGCGACCCAGACUGCCUGACCUACUCCUACUCAUCCCAGGUGGACUCAGUCCGAGACUUCAACUCGGGGCUCAUCGGAGCUCUGCUUGUCUGCAAAUCAAGUGCCUUCACCAAAGACGGAGUCAGGAGGAGCAGAGAGUUCAUCUUGAUCUUCGCAGUUUUUGACGAGACCAAGAGCUGGUAUGGAGAGAUCGGAGAGAGGAGACUUAGAGAGAAAUUCAAGAAGUCUAGCAGCAGGAAAGUAUACCACACCAUCAACGGAUACGUCGACUCAACUCUUCCAGGUCUGACCAUGUGCCAGGGUCGUGAUUAUGUUUCCUGGCAUCUGAUUGGAAUGGGCACCGCUCCAGAGAUCCACUCAAUCCAGUUCCAGGAUCACACCCUGCAGGUAAUGUUCCAUCGCAAGGUCUCCUUGGAGAUGAGCCCUAUGACCUUCACCACGGCAGAAAUGAAGCCCAGCACCGAAGGACGUUUCCUCAUCAGCUGUCAGAUCCAUGCCCACCGCCACGAGGGCAUGAACGCCCACUUCACAGUGGAGGACUGCCCUGAGCCUGUGACCGUGCGACCCCCUGACCUGCGCCAGGUCAAUCCCAACAAUGACUACAACGGGGAGGAGCUCUUCUCCUUGCUGGUCCUGAAGCCGGGGAAGGCGACAGCAGAGGGACGCUCCAGCAGACGGGGGCGGUCCAAGACCUGGGUCCACUUCAUUGCUGCUGAGGAGGUCAACUGGGACUAUGCCCCUCACCUACGCCCCGGAGACAAGUUGCUGUCUUCGGAGUUCUUCCCGAUCCAGCGCCGGGGCUACCAGUAUAAGAAGGUGGUAUACGUGGAGUACACAGACAUCAGGUUCACGACGAAGAAGAGCUCGUCUCAGAGACUGCUGGGACCUCUUCUCAAAGGAGAGAUUAAUGACCAGUUCCAGAUUAUUUUCAAAAACCUGGCAAGUCGGCCUUUUAACAUGUACCCAAAUGGCCUCACCAGGAUCUAUCCACUGAUAAGGACAGAUAAUGUGGCUGAGAGAGACCUGCGCUCCAUGCCGGUGCCCCCCAAUGGCACGUUUGGCUACCUGUGGAGGCUGACCUCCGAGGACGGCCCCCUGGAGGGGGACCCUCAGUGUCUGACCAGGCUGUACCAGAGCACCGUGGACCCGGAGAGGGACCUGGCCUCCGGCCUGGUUGGGCCCAUCCUCAUCUGCAAACACCAGGCCAUCGACCGUAAUGGAAAACUGGUGGGCCCAGACAGAGAUGAGAGUCUGAUGUUUGGAGUGUUUGAUGAGAACAGAAGCUGGUAUGCAAAUGAGAACAUCCAGAAGUACAGUCAGGCCCCUAACGUGGUCAACCCCUCAGAACCAGACUCCUACAACGCCAACGUCAUUUACAGUGUGAAUGGCAUCAUGUUCAGCGGGCGCCAGUUCCUGAUGUGCAAGAAUGACGUGACCUACUGGCAUGUGGCCAAUGUUGGGACGCAGAGCCGCUUCUUGUCUGUCUACUUCACAGGAAACCUCUUCCAGCGAGAUCAGGUGUAUGAGUCCGUCCUUACACUGUUCCCCAUGUCAGGGGAAAUGGUUCCUGUCGAGUCUGAGUUAAGUGGUGAGUGGGAAAUCAGUGCCUUUGAUAGCAGCCUAAAGAGUCGUGGCAUGAACGUGCGCUACACGGUGCGGUCCUGCCAGGGAGACAUCCCAUUGGCAGAGAAUGAGGAAACAGACGACAACUAUGACCUUUCUGACUACCUGGACACAAUAUUACCCAGGGGGCUACAAGGCCAACGUCGCAACCGCACUGUGGCAGUCAGAGUUUGCAAGAAACCCACCCCCGCCCAAAACUCCAUAUCUUCCCAGACAGGAAACACCACUGGCGAUGCUGCCAACGAUAUCACUAGGGAGACAAGUGAGGAAAAUUUGGAGUGUGAGGUCAAGUAUGUGACUAUGCCUCCAUCAGAGGAAGAGGAGGCGAACCAGAUUCCUCUGGAAGUCUUGGCAGAAUUGGACAGAGACGGUGGGAGGACAGCAGCCCUGGCACCCCAGGGCAGAGACUCAGGUCCAGGGAACAGGCGACUGAGGCGCCAGGCUGCCGAGAGAGAAGGAGAGGGUGGAGCAGAAGGAGGUGAGGGUGGAGUGGAGGGAGGUGAGGGUGGAGUGGAGGGAGGUGAGGGUGGAGUGGAGGGAGGUGAGGGUGGAGUGGAGGGAGGUGAUGGUGGAGUGGAGGGAGUAAAGAUUGAGGUAGAGGCAGGGGGAAAGGUAGUUCUUGAGGCAGAGGAAAAGGGGAGUGAAUUUGGGACUGAGACCAAAGGGGUAGGACAUAUUGGUGGGGGGCUGGGAGACAAAAGAACCAUACGGCCAACUGAUAGGGCCGAGAUGCAGGAGAAUAACAAUAUCCUGGAAGACUGCGAUCCACUAGAUCCCACAGAUCCAUUAAAUCAACUCACAGAAGGAUGGAGUGAUGAAGGUUUCGACCAGUACCUGGAAACCCCAAACCAUAUUCAGUCUAAUCCAGAACAAACGCUACUAGAUUGGCUUGACCUCGAUCACGCCAACAUCUCGGCCAACAACACAGCUGCGUCUGGGCUGGAGCUGUCCUUGGAGUACGAUGACUACCGCGACACGGUGAACGCCACAUCAGAGGGAUGGGAUUCCGAACAGCCAGAUGUCCGAUCCUCAGGAGGGCGUAACCCAAGCUACUAUAUUGCUGCUCAGGAGAUCACCUGGGACUAUGGGAUCAGAACCCCUCCUCAGCUCAUCACACCUGAAGAGAUACGUCGAGGGAUGAGGAAGUUUCUUCCACAGUAUAAGAAGGUGGUGUUUCGAGGUUACAAAGACAACGACUUCCAGCACCCGGUGACCCGCGGAGAGCUUCAGGAACACCUGGGCAUCCUGGGACCCUUGAUCCGAGUCGAGGUCAACGACCUCCUGACCGUGAAAUUCAAGAACAUGGCAUCUAGGCCCUACUCACUGCAUCUCCAUGGGGUUUAUGACCGGAGCCAGGAGGGUAGUCUGGCGGAGGAACCUGUUCCGCCGGGGGAGGUGCGCGUGUACACCUGGAGGGUCUCUAGGACCCAGGGCCCCACCGCCUCCGAAUUUGACUGCAAGGCAGGGGCCUACUACUCCACAGUCGACAAGGAGAAAGAUCUACACUCAGGUCUGAUAGGUCCUCUGGUUGUCUGUAAGCCUGAUACCCUGGACACUGCCCUCAGACUGCAGCCUGACCUCCAGGAGUACUCCCUGCUCUUCCACACCUUUGACGAGACCCAGAGCUGGUACAAGGAGGAGAACCUGCAGCAGUACUGUACCCCACCCUGCCAUGCCCGGCCUGAAGAUACCUGGUACCAGAGCAGCAACAAGUUUGCAGCGAUUAAUGGCUAUGUGGCGGAGACACUUCCUGGUUUGCUGGUUGCCCAGCACCAACCAGCCAGGUGGCACCUGCUGAAUGUUGGGGGUGAUGGGGAGUACCACGCCGUGCAGUUCCAUGGCCUACCCUUCAGCCUGCACAAGAAGAAGGAGCACCGCAAGGGCAUCUACAAUCUUUACCCCGGUGUGUUUGGCACAGUAGAGAUGAGGCCGGGCACCGUGGGCACCUGGCUGGUGGAGUGUACUGUGGGGGACCACCAGCUGGCUGGCAUGAGAGCAAAGCUUCUGGUCUACGACCCACAAUGUGCCCAACCCCUGGGGUUAAGGUCGGGAAGAAUCGAGGAUUCUCAGAUCACAGCAUCAGAUUACAUAGAUAACUGGGAGCCGAGUCUGGCCAGACUGGAGCUGUCAGGAAGAGUAAACGCUUGGAUGGGCAGAAACAAGGAGUCCUGGAUACAGGUGGACCUCCAGAGACCCACCUUGGUCCACGGGCUGCAGACCCAGGGAGCCAGAACAUCUCUAGGCCUGAAAGAUUACUUCAUCAUGUACUUCAUCAUCUCCUACAGUCUGGAUCUGGAGACCUGGACCACCUAUAGAGGGAACAGCACCACACACAGAUAUAUCUUCAACGGGAACAUUGAUGGCUCCAAAGUUAAGGAGAACCGUCUCAGUCCUCCAAUCGUGGGACGCUACAUCCGAAUACAGCCAUACACAAUCCAGAGAAACCCUGCCCUUAGGCUGGAGCUGCUCGGCUGUGAUCUCAACAGCUGUUCUUUCCCACUGGGUCUGCAGAGAGGGCAGCUGGUUUCAGACAGCAGCUUUAGCGCCUCUUCCUUCCUAAACACCUGGAGGCACUCCUGGCAUCCUUUCCUAGCCCGUCUGCACCAGGAGGGCAGCGCCAAUGCCUGGAGACCAAAGAACAACAACCCUCAUGAGUGGCUGCAAGUGGACUUCCUGAAGGUCAAACGUCUCACCGGAGUCGUGACCCAGGGGGCAAGGUCUUUGCUCACCCAGAUGAUGGUGACGGAGUUCUCGGUGUCGGUGAGCGACAACGGCCACACCUGGUCCAGUGUGUUGGAUGACAACUCCAAGAGAGAAAAGGUCUUCAGUGGUAACAGUGAGCCUGACGAGGAGGUGCUGACCAUGUUUGUCCCUCCACUGUUCGGCCGCUACAUCCGCAUUCUCCCCCGUGGCUGGGUCAACCAUAUCGCCCUCCGUCUGGAGUUCCUAGGCUGUGACACCCAGCAGCGCCUCUGAGAAACACAGCAAAGAAACAAGCCGAGGCCCCUGUCACGGAGCUGCUAGGGGCUGGGUGUGCAGCUCCGCGCUGAGACUUCUUUAUUGUAAAUGGUUGUUUCUGUUGUCAGGGCAUUAGGGCAAUAUUGUAUUAUUAAAAUCAAACAGUCAUAGUC